AAGGGUCCCGAGAAGGAGCUUUGGCUGGAGCCAGGAGCCAGGAGCCUGGGAUCUGGAGCUGGAGCUCUGGAGCUGGAGCUCUGGAGCUCUGGAGCUGGAGCUGGAGCUCUGGAGCUGGAGCUCUGGAGCUGGAGCUCUGGAGCUGGAGCUCUGGAGCUGGAGCUCUGGAGCUGGAGCCUUGUGGCUGGAGCUCUGUGGCUGGAACCCGAGCUGGAGCAAGAUGAAAUGCUGGUGGAAGAUCUUCUAUGA